ACCAAACACAGCUGAUGCAGCAUUCCUCCAUAAAGAAGUUGUCGUUUUCCUUCCUAAAAUCUGCACCCCAUUUUCUGUUGGUAACAUUUUCUCGGAUUUUGACUCGAGCAUUUGGUGUCUACGAUUCACAAUCUGUCUCCAUUUUGUUCAAGAUCGGCGAUUCUGUCUCUGUCGGUGAUAUCAUCUCUGUUGGCGGACGUGCCAGCUUGCCAUGUGAAGGCGUGCACCUCGGGGGGCAAACGGAGAGGCACCAAAAGGGGAUCCUGGAAUUGGCCUACCACAUGGCGGCGACGAUCUCUCAGCUCUCCUGCUUCUCUGCAGUCAACCGCAGUCUGAAGUUGCAGAGGUUAUCAUAUCUAAGCCCAUCACCAAAGUUCACAGUUUUGAUGAGCCUUGAAGGGCGUCGGACAUAUGCUUCCAGUUCUGAGAUUAAGACUAGUGUAAGCUAUACAGCUGGUGCAUCUAAUUCACAAGGUGAAGGAAUAGCAAAUUCAUAUCCGGAUUUUCAAGAUGUUUCUGUAAAGUCAGGAACGGGUGAGCCAGUGCAGGAAAAUGGUGUCAUUGAACAACAAAGGGCUGCAAAAAUCCAUGAUUUUUGUUUUGGCAUUCCCUUUGGUGGACUUGUUUUGAGCGGUGGGCUUCUUGGCUUUGUUUUCUCAAGAAAUCUAGCGACUCUGAGCACCGGUGUGCUCUUCGGAGGUGCUUUGCUAGCUCUCAGCACCUUUAGCUUAAAGAUCUGGAGGCAAGGGAAAUCCUGUACACCAUUCAUUCUAGGACAAGCAGCACUAUCAAUAGUCCUCCUCUGGAAGAACUACCAAACCUAUUCACUGACAAAGAAGAUAUUUCCACCAGGGUUUUAUGUUGCUAUUAGUGCUGCAAUGCUGUGCUUCUAUUCGUAUGUGCUGAUCUCGGGAGGAAACCCACCACCAAAGAAGCUGAAGUCAUCUUCUGGUGUUGCAUCUUGACACGAACAAAAUAGGCUUAUGUUGCUUAUGUUGACAUGAACAAAAUAGGCUUGGGAAAGUAAGUAUGAGUUGAUCAGCUAGUGUGUAUUUCAUCUUGUCUUGUAGAACUGUUUCUUUAUGUAAACAAGUGGCAGAAUUAUGAUGUCAUAGUUUAUUAUGCCACCAGUGAAAACAGCCGGUUCAAUAUAUGGCCUGUAAAUGGUGAAUGUGCCUUUUGCAUCAAAACAGCAAUAAAUACAAAUGAAUAAAGAAAAUCAAUUCAGUCUUAA